AUGUGUGUGGAAGAGUUCGUUAAGUGUUGUGUACGACGACAUCCGCUUCUAAGUGUGUUAGAGGAAUCUAUUUUGAAGGCAUAUUGCCAAGCUACAUUUCAUGGGAUUUAUCGCCGACUUGACUUCCCCUUUUGCUCCAGUCGCCUCAUCCAUACCAUCGAAACCACUUACGGCGUCCGUUUCGACAAGAACUUCUUCCUCCGAGUCGAGGCUGCGACAACCAUGGAAACUAUCAACCGCUCCGGCCAUACAGUAAUUCCCGGUGUAUGCUAUCCCACCCGAGCCGGCUCCCGCACCACUACGGCGGCUCCCGUUGGCACCACUGCAGGGAAUAAUCCCCACUCGGAAAACCCAAAGCUCGAGAAGAAACCAGGUUCGAUUCCGCACUCGGAAUUACCAGAGGGCACCACAAAAGUUACUGAAGAAGACCAGUCGGGGGCAAGUCCGACUGCGUCACGGGCGAAGUGUGGUGCGUUGUUGGUCUCAUGGAAGCAUGACGAAGCCGCGGGCCGCGCUCUGAUCCGGUCGUUGAGGCUCAGAACGGAGGUUCUAACGGCUUUGCUCCCGCCUGAGGAGGAAGGGGAGGGGGAGAAUAGAGCGGUGGAGAUCUGA